AUGCGGGGCAGCGGCGGCCCGGGGGAUGGUCCCCGCCGCGGGCACGCUAGCAUGGACCAGCGACAGGGGCCACCAGAGCGAAGGCCUGCAGGACCUGCCACGCACCUGCAGCCCAAGGAGGGGACACUGUGGGGGUUCUUUGCCAUCCUGUCGCUGCUGGCUGGGCUGGCCACAGGCACCCUGCGAACGCCCCACUGCAACGAGACGCUGGACGCAGCCCCCACGCCGCGGGGCACGGCCACUGCCAGCCUGUCUGGGGAGGAUGCUGUGGAGGCGCCCCUUGCUGCUGCCUGGAGCCAGCUGUACGGGGACAACGCGACAACAGGUAGCCCGGGCACCGCAGAGCUGGCGGAGGACCUGCUGCUGCGUGCCGAGCGCUCACCGCCAGGUGCCGGCAAAGCCAGAAAGGCGCGGCCGAAAUCAUCCUCGCAGCGCGCCCGCGGGCGCAACUGCCACAUCCGCAACCUGAUGGUGAAGGUGCGCGACCUGGGCCUGGGCUUCAACUCGGACGAGAUCGUGCUCUUCAAGUACUGCAGCGGGUCCUGCCACCGGGCGCGCAGCAACUACGACCUGACGCUGGGCAGCCUGCUGCGGCAGCAGCUCAUCGCCCCGGGGCCGCAGGAGCGCGUCCUCAGCCAUCCCUGCUGCCGACCCACCCGCUAUGAGGCUGUCUCCUUCAUGGAUGUGGAGAACACGUGGCAGACGGUGGAGAAGCUCUCAGCAGCCGAGUGCAGCUGUAUUGGCUGAGGAGGGGGCCGCUGGCUUGGCCCCAGCUCGACACAUGCCGACAGACUCCAGCUUGCCACAUGCGGUGGCACUGUGGCUCAGAACGAGGGUUUGGCAGAGGCUGGUGCCCCUGCUGUUACGUGGCCACAAAGAACCGAGGUGAGACGGAGUCGUGACUGGAGUGUGGGUGGCCAAGCCCGCCCCUGCUCAGUGCCAAGCAGCUGGUGCCAGCGGCUACGUGGGGUCCUGGCUCAGUCCUGGGAGAUGAGCUGAAGAGAGUAUGGACCAUCCCUACCACUGCCAAGGGUCUGCCAGCCCA